ACAACUACAUAACACUCCCAAUCUUCAUAAAAUCUCUUCACUACUUAGAACCACUUGCAAUAAUAGAAAAAAAAAAUCUUCCAAAUGAAUCAAAAUAUAUUGAAGUUCACCUUAUGGGCUAUAUUGUUGUCCAUGAUCAUUUCUAAUGCAGACUCGUACGACCCGUUGGAUCCAUUCGGGAACGUAACAAUCAAAUGGGAUGUAAUAUCUUGGACCGCCGAUGGAUACGUGGCGCUGGUGACGAUGUUCAACUUCCAAAUGUAUCGACACUUCAUGAGCCCCGGGUGGACUAUGACGUGGGGUUGGGCCAAGAAGGAGGUGAUAUGGUCGAUGGUCGGGGCCCAGACGACCGAGCAAGGCGAUUGCUCGAAAUUCAAGGGAAAUGUGCCACAUUGUUGCAAGAGGGUUCCCACGGUUGUUGAUUUGCUUCCUGGGGUUCCGUACAACCAACAAAUUGCCAACUGCUGCAAAGGCGGGGUCAUGGCCUCGUGGGGCCAGGACCCUGCAUCAGCCGUUUCGGCCUUUCAGGUUAGUGUCGGUCUUUCUGGGACCACCAACAAGACAGUCAAGCUCCCCACCAACUUCACCCUCCUAGGCCCCGGACCGGGAUACACUUGUGGCCCCGCCAAAAUCGUGCCUUCCACCGUGUACCUAACUCCGGACCGGAGAAGAAAAACCCAGGCUCUAAUGACGUGGAAUGUGACGUGCACUUACUCACAACUCCUGGUGUCGAGGCACCCGAGCUGUUGCGUCUCGUUGUCGUCCUUCUACAACGAGACCAUCACUCCUUGCUCCAAAUGCUCCUGCGGCUGCCGCAACAAAAAGGACUGUAUCAAGCCCGAUUCGAACAAGCUGAAGAUGUUGGGAAUCAACACGCCAAAGAAGGACAACACCCCCUUACUGCAGUGCACGCACCACAUGUGCCCGAUACGAGUCCACUGGCACGUGAAGGUGAACUACAAAGACUACUGGCGAGUGAAGAUCGCCAUCACCAACUUCAACUACAGGAUGAACUUCACACAGUGGACCCUCGUGGCUCAGCACCCGAAUCUCAACAACGUCACCCAAGUCUUCAGCUUCGACUACAAACCCAUCGUCCCUUACCAGUCCAUCAAUGACACGGCCAUGUUCUAUGGGAUGAAGUUCUACAACGACCUGCUGAUGGAGGCCGGGGAGUCGGGGAAUGUUCAGACAGAGAUACUGCUGAAGAAGGACAAGGAUGAGUUCACUUUCAAGCAGGGAUGGGCUUUUCCGAGGAAGAUCUACUUCAAUGGGGAUGAAUGCAUGCUUCCACCACCUGAUGCUUACCCCAUUUUACCAAACUCUGCAUAUAUAAAAAUUCUAACCCCAUUUUCAAGAUUUGCAGCUUUCUUGCUUUUGAUCAUUGCUGCUUCACAAUUUCUGUAGCAUUUUCUGUGAAAUUAUCUUUUAGUUUUGUAUUGCAAAAGGUUUUAUAUUUGCUCUUCUCUUGAUUUUUGAAUAUUAAAGAGUGGUUGAUGUAUAUGAUAUGAAUAUGAAAUUAAUGAUUUCUUUGA